UUCGAGGCGGCACGUCAGUCAUGUAUGGCAAGUAAUUUCACUUGGACUUCGUAUGUGGAAUGCAUAGGUACUCCUUGGGUGAUAAAACGAAGUACCUAAACACGAUAGACUUUUGGUUUUUCUGCGAUAGACGACAUAAAUUUGAAUUGACCUUCAAGACGAGACGGUGUUGAAGAAGGAGUUAUUUGUAUCUACUUUCAUGAUUCAGAUGAUCCUAGGCUCACCAGCACAACUGAUUGCUCGACGUACGACUGGUCGGACAACUACUUCUACUUGUACUUAAUAAUCCCAUAUUUUUGUUCAUAGAAGUCAGUGUGACGAGUCCUUGAUCAGUAGGAAUACACGACCAACGCCUUGUUCGACCCUUCGCCUCUCUCUCAUUGACUGCUCGCAAUGAUGCUAGUGCGGAAAGUCUUAAGCUAUAGCUGUGUGCACCACGCGUCGAUGCCGGACUCGGCGGGGCAUACUGGGGAACUGCAUGCACGUCAUCCGCGGUUUGGGAAGUUACCCGAUAGAGUGGUUAUGCUCUCCAUGGUAAACACAGAUGAUCCUUCAUCUCCGGGCUAUGCGGAUGCAAUCCUCUGGCAGGCGGCUCGAGGACCUCCACUGCAACCCUUGGUCUUUGAACGGAGCAAGAACGAAGACGACGCUGGUCAUGAUGAUGGCCAUGAAGCUGAUCAAGAUGAUGACCAUGAUGAAUCAAAAAUAAGAAGCGUAGUUAGCCUUAGCAGGAGCAGAAGAACUUCGUCCCGUGAAAAUACUUCCAAGAAAAAGGUGGAGAGCAGUGGGGAGCGCGACGUAGGCAGAGCGGAAGCUGGUGUAGAAAGCGAGGACAACAUCAGCUCCAUCAAUAGUUGUAAAAAUGAAGGCCAGAAGAUGUCAAUGUCUUCAUCUAGUGCCGUAAAGAAACAGAUUUUCUCCUACCAUCAAGCUUUGUAUGAACGUCAAAGUUUUUGUAACAAGACGGCAGAGGCUUGUUACUCCGCGUAUGAUUUGCAACCCGACGAAGAUCUUCAUCUUUCCUACGGAAAUCGCAAUCGCAUGAACUUUUUGUAACUUUUAUUUUUCGAACGAUGAUGAACAUUUAAUGCUGAUGUUCCUCCUUUUUCAAAACCCUAUGAAUCCUUCCUCAUGAUGAAUAGUAAUAACUUCUUUAUCUUUCCACGAUAAAGUCAAUGAUAAUGGACCUGUUGCUGCCAUGAAGCUCUGGACACGCCUCAGGAAGUAUCGAUGAUGUUGCAAUCCCAUGCUCAUGUGAAGCAUUAAGAUUAGCAUAGGUGACACCAGAAUGAU